AUGGCAUGGCUGCACAAGUCAUACCUUCUGCCAUUAUGGACCAGUGCAAGGGUUCGAGUCUAUGCUCUGCGCAGCCUUCUGCUCACAUUACUAAUGUAUAUUGUCAUGAUGAUGCACACAAGUACUGUUGUACGACUGGAGGCAACGCCCCAGGACCUGCUUCUGGAUAUCUGGGCUCAUGGCAGCUGUAUUAUUGCAUUCUUCCAUCAUAUUUUUAUUAUCACACAGUGGGCACCCAAGACCAAGCGGGCCAUCCAAGUUGAGCUGGUACUCCUGCUUCUGGAAUUGAGCGGAGUGGCAACUACUCUGUGGAUCAUCGACAGAACACCCAUCUGGUCUGUACAGUUCGGUACAGUCACACUAAACAUGACUCCACUGUCAAUGGCCAUUGGUGCCAUUAUACUCAGCCUCUUGGUGCUGCAGUUUCUUUUCCGCUCUAUCAUAUUAUGGAAAGGGAAAGAUUACAGCUUCCUAGCAGGUUGCCUUCCAGUAUCUCCCCCAUACAGCCCUAGGAGUAUGUUACUCAACCGUUCAUUAUCAAGACCCCUUGUUCGUGGGGAAUCUGCUAUAAUAAUCAUUCUCCGUGCACUUAUUAUCAGUUUUUGUGCAGUCAUUGUGCCAGGAUUUGCCAUUUAUUCAAUAAUCAUAAAGCCAUCACAAACGCAAAUCCAUCUCACCACCCCAAUUGGCACAUCAGUUUCUGUUCCAGAGGGGGGCUGGGACCAGACAGGAGUAGCCUUUUCAAUCAAACCUGAUGUGGAAGCUGCAUACCCACAACAUGCCAUCUUACAACCAUCUCAAGUAGAGAUAACAGCAGUGAAACAUGACAAAAGUAUAAUGCCAUGUACUAUAGAAAACCCAAUUCUUCCUGUAAUUUGUGUGUCCAUUUAA